AACUUUAAGAGGUUUAUCUUCAACUCGAAAGUAAAAUAGACUCAAGAGACGCAUGAUACAAAGUUUUCCACCGUUUGCAGACGCGGGAACUCAUCAGUGAAGAACGUUUCAAUGGCUCUUCUGAAGCCUCCUCCUCAUCUUCCUGUUCGACUCAUUGCUUCCCGUUUCUUCAUCUCUGCAACUCUCCAUUCUUUCAGUCUCUCUCGCUUCUCCUCAUCUAUCUCUGGCUCCGCCCUUUUAUUCAAGAAGAGGACGAUUCGAUUGGGAAAGAUUCCAAGUUACUUUGUGUCGCGAAAUGCGGUUUCUCCUAGGGCCUUUAUGUCUUCAAGCUUAACCGCUGAAGCGUUUCAGGAAAAUACGAGCUCCAAAGCUUAUGGGUCGGAACAGAUUCAGGUACUGGAAGGCUUAGAUCCUGUUAGGAAAAGACCGGGAAUGUAUAUUGGAAGCACAGGACCUCGUGGGUUGCAUCAUUUGGUUUAUGAAAUAUUGGAUAAUGCUGUUGACGAAGCUCAAGCAGGUUUUGCUUCCAAGAUAGAUGUUGUUUUGCUCGCUGAUAACUCUGUGAGCAUUACUGACAAUGGGCGUGGGAUACCUACAGAUUUCCAUCCUGUCACGAAAAAAUCUGCAUUGGAGACUGUUUUGACGAUCUUACAUGCAGGAGGCAAGUUUGGCGGUGCAAGUAGUGGUUACAAUGUCUCUGGGGGAUUACAUGGUGUGGGAUUAUCUGUUGUUAAUGCUUUGUCUGAGGCAUUAGAAGUCACUGUUUGGCGUGAUGGAAUGGAAUACAAGCAAAAAUUUUCCCGUGGAAAGCCAGUGACAGCUCUAAAAAGUCAUGUGCUGCCAGGUGAAUCCAGUGAUCGUCGAGGGACGUCCAUCAUAUUUUGGCCCGAUAGAGAAGUUUUCACCAGUGUAAUUCAGUUUGAUUACAACACAAUAGCUGGGCGAAUUAGGGAGCUUGCUUUUCUCAAUCCAGAGCUUACUAUUACUCUAAGGAAGGAGGACAAUGACCCAGAGAACAUGCAGCAUAAUGAGUACAGCUAUGCUGGCGGAUUAAUUGAGUACGUUAAAUGGCUAAAUACUGACAAGAAACCACUUCAUGAUACUCUUGGUUUCAAAAAGGAGGUAGAUGGAAUCACAAUUGAUGUAGCUCUUCAAUGGUGUUCCGAUGCAUAUUCAGAUACUAUACUUGGUUAUGCUAACAGCAUACGGACAGUUGAUGGUGGUACUCACAUAGAUGGUAUAAAGGCUUCAUUGACGAGAACCCUCAAUAACCUUGGAAAAAAGUCCAAUAUUAUCAAGGAAAAGGACAUUAGUUUAAGUGGUGAGCAUGUAAGGGAGGGGCUGACAUGUGUCAUUGCAGUCAAACUUCCAAACCCAGAGUUUGAAGGACAGACAAAGACAAGGUUAGGAAAUCCAGAGGUGAGAAGGGUGGUUGACCAAUCUGUCCAAGAGUAUCUCACUGAGUAUUUAGAGUUGCACCCAGAUGUACUAGAUUCAAUCCUCUCCAAAUCUCUUAAUGCUCUCAAGGCAGCUCUUGCAGCCAAGAGAGCAAGGGAACUGGUGAGGCAAAAGAGUGUCCUGAAAUCGUCUUCUCUUCCUGGAAAGCUUGCUGAUUGCUCAGCUACAAAUCCUGAAGAAUCUGAAAUAUUUAUAGUUGAAGGGGAUUCAGCUGGUGGUAGUGCAAAACAAGGCCGUGAUAGACGCUUUCAGGCUAUUCUUCCCCUGAGGGGUAAAAUUCUGAACAUCGAAAGAAGGGAUGAGGCAGCUAUGUACAAGAAUGAAGAAAUUCAGAAUCUUAUUCUUGCUCUUGGACUCGGAGUGAAGGGAGAAGAGUUUAAAAAGGAAGCCCUCCGUUACCAUAAGAUUAUCAUUCUAACAGACGCUGAUGUCGAUGGGGCUCACAUCCGAACUCUUUUAUUGACUUUUUUCUAUAGAUAUCAGAAAGCACUAUUCGAUGAAGGCUGCAUUUAUGUGGGUGUUCCACCCCUUUAUAAGGUUGAGCGAGGUAAGCAGGCGUAUUAUUGCUAUGAUGAUGCAGAGCGUAAAAAACUCCAGAAUAGUUUCCCUCCAAAUGCAUCGUAUAACAUCCAGAGAUUUAAAGGUUUAGGGGAGAUGAUGCCUGUACAGCUAUGGGAAACGACGAUGGAUCCGGAGCGAAGGUUACUGAAGCAAUUAUUCGUCGAGGAUGCAGCAGAAGCAAAUGUUGUCUUCUCCUCUCUCAUGGGUUCUCGGGUGGAUUUUCGGAAGGAACUCAUACAGAAUUCAGCAAGCAUGAUAAAUCUUGAUCAACUGGAUAUUUAAAUGUCCAACAUUUGUGUAUUACAUUACUAUGUCUUGAAAAUUACAUGUAUCAUCGCUCUGUA